UUAAACACAUAGGCGCGCGCGCGCGCAAACAUAGACCACGCACGGACACAGCCCAGCCGCGGCUGUCUGUGGAAGAGCUGUUCGGCGAGCGAGUCAGCAAACACGCGCACAUACCCGUGUGAGUCUACGGAUCAUACGUGAUAGCAGAUAGCGGGCGCGAUCUCCUUCCGGACAGAGUGAAACAGCUCAAGAAAUCAUGCUGGAUUGACCACUGAAAAAGGGGCGAUUAAAAUCAAUGGAUUGGCUUUGAGAUCGCUCGAAAUUUAUCUGCUGGAAACAGGGAGAGUGUGCGCGCCUGUGUGUGUGAGAGAGUGAGAGAGAGCGAGAGGGAGAGCGAGAGCGAGAGCGAGAGGGAGAGGGAGAGGGAGAGGGAGGAGGGAGGGAGGUGGAAAUAAAGAUUCUUUUCAGCAAUGGAACUUACAAUGGAAAACAUUGGCAACCUGCACGGAGUCUCUCACUCUCAGACGGGCGAUUUGAUGAGCUCCCCACACGGACGGCCGUCCUCCGCGUCGCAUCGGAACUUGGUGUCGCACGGACGGCCAGCGAUGGUCUCCAGCAUGGCUUCCAUCCUGGAAGGCGCCGGGGAAUACCGGGCAGACCACGCGCUGUCCGGCCACCUGCACCCGGCGAUGACGAUGUCGUGCGAGUCCGGGAUGAGCCUGAGCAGCACCUACACCACCCUGACCCCGCUGCAGCACCUGCCCCCAAUCUCCACCGUCUCCGAGAAGUUUCACCACCACCCCCACCCCCACCCGCACCACCACCCGGCACACCAGCGCCUGGCCACCGGCAACGUUAGCGGCAGCUUCACCCUCAUGCGCGACGACAGGGGUCUGGCGCCCAUGGGCAACCUGUACGGCCACUAUCCCAAAGACAUGUCCGGCAUGGGGCAGCCGCUUUCGCCGCUCUCGAACGGCCUCGGAUCUUUGCACAACACCCAGCAGACGCUUUCCGCCUACGGACCCGGCGCCCACCUCUCUAAUGACAAGAUGCUCUCGCCGGGUGGGUUCGAGUCUCACGCGGCGAUGCUGUCCCGAAGCGAGGAGCAUCUAGCCAGAAGUUUAGUCGGGCACGGGCCCGGCAUGAUGUCAAACCUCAACGGCAUGCAUCCGCACAGUCACCUGCACUCGCAGGCCAACGGGUCCAUGCUGUCGGAGCGCGAGAGGCAGAACGUCGGCGGCGGCGGCCAGGGCGGCGGGUCGGGGCAGGUGGAGGACAUCAACACCAAGGAGGUGGCGCAGCGGAUCACGGCCGAGCUCAAGCGCUACAGCAUCCCGCAGGCCAUCUUCGCGCAGCGGAUCUUGUGUCGCUCCCAGGGCACCCUGUCCGACCUGCUGCGGAACCCGAAACCGUGGAGUAAACUCAAAUCCGGGCGCGAGACCUUUCGGCGGAUGUGGAAGUGGCUGCAGGAGCCAGAGUUUCAGCGCAUGUCCGCGCUCAGACUGGCGGGUGAGUGA